UACAGUGCAGCGAAAUGACAACCGGGCAGAAUUACUGACGUUAGCCACGCGGUUACAGGCAACGUGUUCGCCUUAUUCCCCCUCAUUGAAAUGUGACGUUAAUUAGCCCAACUCUUGGCUAAGUAGUAGAUGUUCUAAGCUAGCAGGUUGUUUUACAACUCACAGUCAUGGCUCCUAAAAAGAUGCCCCCAAAGAAGGGAGAGGCACCAAAACAACCGACCCUGAUCGGACGCUUUGGGACUUCCCUGAAAAUUGGCAUCGUUGGACUGCCAAACGUGGGAAAGUCCACAUUCUUCAACGUUCUGACCAAAAGCCAGGCGGCCGCAGAGAACUUCCCUUUCUGCACCAUCGACCCCAACGAGAGCAGAGUGCCCAUUCCCGAUGACCGCUACGACUAUCUCUGCCAGUUCCACAAGCCGGCCAGUAAGGUGCCAGCGUUCCUCAAUGUGGUGGACAUCGCCGGGCUGGUGAAGGGAGCCAGCGCGGGCCAAGGCCUGGGCAACGCCUUCCUCUCCCACAUCAGCGCCUGCGACGGAAUCUUCCACAUGAGCCGUGCGUUUGAGGACGAGGACAUCAUCCACGUGGAGGGCAACGUAGACCCGGUGAGGGACAUCGAGAUCAUCCACGAGGAGCUGCGGCUCAAGGACGAGGAGAUGAUCGACCCCAUCAUAGACAAGCUGGAGAAGGUGGCCGUCAGGGGCGGAGACAAGAAGCUCAAGCCCGAAUAUGACAUCAUGCUUAAGAUCAAGUCCUGGGUAGUGGAAGAAAAGAAACACGUGCGAUUCUACCCUGACUGGAACGACAAAGAGAUUGAUGUCCUGAAUAAGUACCUGUUCUUGACGUCCAAGCCCAUGAUCUACCUGGUCAACCUUUCAGAGAAAGACUUCAUCAGGAAGAAGAACAAAUGGCUGGCUAAGAUUAAGGAGUGGAUAGAUGCUCAUGACCCCGGGGCGCUGGUCAUCCCGCUGUGUGGGGGCCUGGAGGCCAAGCUGCAGGACAUGGAUGAGGAGGAGAAGAAGAAGUUCUGCGAGGAGCAGAAGACUGCCAGUGUGUUGACGAAGAUCAUCAAGACUGGCUAUGCAGCUCUGCAGCUGGAGUACUUCUUCACAGCUGGACCAGAUGAAGUGCGCGCGUGGACCAUCAGGAAAGGAACCAAGGCCCCUCAGGCAGCUGGGAAGAUCCACACGGACUUCGAGAAAGGUUUCAUCAUGGCCGAGGUCAUGAAGUUUGAUGACUUCAAAGAGGAAGGAUCUGAAAAUGCUGCCAAGGCUGCUGGCAAGUACAGACAACAGGGCCGUAACUACACAGUGGAGGACGGCGACAUUAUCUUCUUCAAAUUCAACACACCAAACGCCCCCAAGAAGAAGUGAUGGGACUAAGGACACCUCUACAGUAGUGUGUAGCAGGAGAGAGGGGACUACUACACCUACGGGUGACAAGGAGGGGACUGCUUUACAAAAAAAAACAGACACACACCACAAUCCUCUGAGCUUUUUAUUCUUUUUAUUCUUCUUUUUUUUUUCUCCCCUUCUGGAGUUGUCGAUCUUCAGGAUGGCAGCUUCCAAAAUGGCCGCCCUCCCCAUCUCACGUCUUCAUCAUGCUUUCCUUCCAUCCUGUGCUUACAGUACAAACACACAUACACACACACACACACACACACACGCACACAUAAACGCUGGUGUGUGUGUGUGCGUGUGUAUGUGUUUGUGUGUAUGUGUUUGCCUGGGCCAUGUGUGUGUGGUGGCAAUCAGUGAAUGUGUAUUCAACAGCUGAAUGAAACUGCCAAUGUCCAGCAUUCACAUGUGGAGAAUAGCAGACACACUCAGCCCUCUGCUCUGUGCUCCCCUCAGACACACAAACUGCAUGCGGCAGAGCAAGAUGACAUCUACUCUCAAUAAAACACCUUAUGAAACAAGA